AUGGCUGGAGUGCGGAGAGUGGAGUAUCUGAUGUCACAGAGAGGGGGCCCUCAAAUUGUUCUGGAUGGUUAUGUUUACACCAGAAAUAAGGUCAGACAGACCUGCACCCACUGGAGAUGCAUCGUCAAGACCUGCACGGGGAGGUGUUCAACUGUCGGAGACUUCCUUCGAACACAGACAGAGCACAACCAUGCACCAGAUGACUGCCCCAAGCAAAGAUUUGUCAGUGAACUGCGCAAGCGAGCUAGAGAGGAGACAACUCAGAUGCAGACCUUGUACACAGAGCAGCUGUCAGUAGAGGAGGAAGACAACCUACACGUUCUUCCAUCUUUCACCAGCGUCAGCAGUUCUCUGUACAGACACCGCCGCAAGACCAUGCCAGCGUUACCUACCACCCUCCGACGAGAAGUGCAUUUGGAAGACAGUUGGACAGAGACAAGUAAUGGACGUCGUUUCCUUCUUCUUUCUGAUGGAGAACAAGACAAGAUCCUAGUGUUCUCUACCACUGAACAGCUCCAGGUGCUGCAGACCGCCGAUACCAUCUACAUGGAUGGAACUUUCACUGCCUGCCCUGGGCUUUGGGAUCAGGUUUACAUAAUUCAUGCCCGUUGCAACUCGGUGUCAUACCCCUUAGUCUUUGCCCUUCUGCCUGAUCGUCAAACCACCACCUACGUUAGACUGUUCCGCCUCCUCAAGGAGAAGGUGUUGGAGGAACUGAAUCGUCCCCUGGCCCCAGCAAAAAUACAGACAGAUUUUGAGCUUGCAACCAUCCGAGCCAUCGAGAUGGAAUUUCCAAAUGCAGAGACCAAGGGAUGCUUCUUCCACUUCUCCCAAGCCCUGUGGAGGAAGACACAAGAUCUAGGUCUCACAGUUGCAUACAAGGAGGAUCCAGCAGUAAAAAGAGUUCAUCAGGAGCAGCUGCCCUUGCCUUAUUGCCACAAAGAUCAGGUUCAAGACACCUGGAUUGAUGCCAUGGACUCCUCCCAGCCUCUGACCGCAUUGAGGACUUCAAGGAUUACAUGGUCGUCACAUGGGUGGACUAUGACGCCCGAUUCCACUGUCACUUUGGAACCAUCCCACAACACUGUAGGACCAAGGACCAACAACAACUUGGAAGGUUUCCACAGUCGGAUGAACAGAUCUCUUCCACACCGCCACCCCAACAUAUUUCGCUUUGUGGAAGUAAUUCGGAGGAUCGAGAUGGCUGACAGAGCCAAGCUGAGACAAUUCGACUUUGGGGCUGCUCCUCCAAGUCGCAAGCGAGUCUACAGAGAGAUCGACAACAGGAUCCUGAGGCUCAAAGACACACUGAGUCGCGGCGAGAAAACUCCUCUUCAGUUCCUAGAUGCGGUGGCAAACCUCAUAAAACUUGGCUAA